CUUAUUCUUAAGGAUCACGAAAAGAAGAAGAAGAAAUGGGCGCAAAUGAAUCAAGACCAGGUGCAGAAAAUGGAUCAAGAAAUCAACAAAAUCAAUCAAAACCUGAAAAUUUAAAUCCGAAUCAAACUACAGAAGAUUUAUAUGAAAUCUUACAGAUUCCAGUAGAAGCCACAUCUGAAGAAAUCAAAAAAGCUUUUAGGAAACAAGCUUUAAUUCAUCAUCCAGAUAAAAACCAUGAUAAUGUUGAAGUAGCAACCAAACGAUUUGCAAAGAUUCAACAAGCUUAUGAGGUUUUGAGUGAUGAGGAUGAACGAGCAUUUUACGAUCGACAUAGAGAAGAUCUUCUGAAUGGAGUGAAUGAUGAUUUCGAGAAUUUCGAUCCUACCAACUUCAAAUUCACCAAACCUUCAUCAUCACGUUCAUCAAGUCCUGGUCUCUCAACAAAACAUAUUCUAAAAUUCUUUGAUUCUUCUCUUUGGAAAGGAAACUUUGAUGAUUCUGAAACUUCUUUUUUCUCAAUCUAUCGUUCACUUUUCAAUCAAAUCUCAUCGGAAGAAAUGAUAGCACGUCAAGAUUCUACAAUCGUUUAUCCAUCCUUCGGAAACAGUCAAUCAGCUUAUGAUCAAGACAUUGCCGGUGAACGAGCUUUGAAAUACUUUUAUUCUACCUGGAGUAAUUUCGCUACUCAAAAAACUUUCGAGUGGAUCGAACCUCAUCAUGCUUCAUCACAAGCUGAUCGUCGAUACAAAAGACUAGUAGAGAAAGAAAACCAACGUGUAAGAGAUGCAGCUAGAAGAGAAUACAAUGAGACGAUUCGAAGUUUAGUAGGUUUUGUUAAGAAGCGCGAUCCUCGAUUCGCACGAAGCACAGCAAGUAACCCAGAAAAGUGGCGUGCUCAGGAAAUCCAACGAAUCAAACGCGAAUUACGAGAAGUGGCAGAGAAACGUGCAAAGGAAAGAGAAGAAGAAGCUAAGCAAUUCAGGGAACAAGAAUGGCAGAUGCAACAAGGGGCCUCUACUGAUCUUUCUUCAGAUAAUGACACCCUACAAGAACGUAACAAAAGUGAUGAAGGCUCCGAUGAUGAAGAGGAAGAGGAAGAAGAGGAAGAAAUAGUAAAUGAUUGGUAUUGUGCUGCUUGUGGUAAAGAUUUCAAUAGUCAGGGUGCUUGGGAUAAUCAUGAACGAAGCAAGAAACACAAACAGAACUGUUCACGGUUACGGAAACAACUUUUAGAGGAAGAAACUGAGUUUGUUGCUUCUAAAACUGCUUCGCCUACAUCACAAGCAUCUCCGUCCUUAUCAGAAACUUUGCGUGCAGAGUUGAGUAACAAACUCACACUGGACGACGCCGACAAGUCUCAGCCGAACACCAAAGCACCAAAUGAUACCUCUCCAGUUGCACAAAUCAGCGAGCUAGAAGAAGCGAAACCGAUACCACAAGCGCCUGAUGAACCUUUCUCUCCACUCCCACAGCAUCACGAUCUCCCACUAAUACCACCACUGAGUGAUACACCACAAGAUACCCAGACAGAAAGUGAUCACGCUGAUCCACAAACUAUACCUGAAAUGGCCAUCAGUGACGAAGAAUCAGAGAUGGCGGGCAUAGCGCGACGAAGAGGCAAGAAAGCUAGACGUGCGCUUGCUAGGAAUAUGAUGGUUGAAGACCCUUUGUUAGAAGGGGUAGUAGAUGAUAAAGGUUUCGUUUCAAUCAUUGGUGACGAUCCAAUUUCAACACCUUCAAGUCAAGCAGAUAACUCAGAGGUUAAACCAGAAAUGAGUAAACGCGAAAAACGAAGAGCGAAGGAAGUAGCCAAAAAACAGAAUGCGAUCACUUCUGAAACAGGUCCGAAAUCAGAGAGCUGUAAUCAUUGUCAGAUGAGCUUUGCGUCCAAAACGAAGCUAUUUGAGCAUAUCAAACAGACAGGACACGCUACAGCCUCAAAGAUUAAUAAUCAAUCACCCAAUGUCCGGAACACCAAACUGAAUUCUAAACGUAGAAAAGAGUGAGGUUCUUGAUGUUUUUUUUUGGUUUAUAUAUUGCAUACAUUGACACUUGAAGUUCAUUACAUCGUAUACAUGUUCUUGAUAAGAAAGUGUAGCUAUGAUUUGAAAUUUUGUAUUGUACCAUCAGGAAACGAUUUGAGAAGUGACAAUGUAACAGAUUGAAAAGACUGCAAAUGCUCCUUGAU